GAAAGAUUUCGUGUUGUUGUCAGUUGGUCUCGMCGUGAACACUAAAAAGCAUUGCAGGCUGUAGGAACUAGCUAUUUUUAUCCAGCCUWAAGGCGACAACACCGCUAAAAGGCUUCAUACGAAACUGUUCAGAGAACGAAAGUUCAGGAUCAAAAAGGUCUGUAGGAAGACACAAGUCAUGUCAGAAGAUCGAAAGAGACUGAGCAGUAGCAAGACCGCUCUCCAUUUGUGGGAAUUCCUGCUCGAAUUGUUGGCUGACGAAAACUGCUCAUCAAUGAUCUCAUGGACAAAAAAGGACCAGGGCGAAUUCAAAUUACGUAAUCAAGAAGAAGUGGCGAAGCGUUGGGGYGACGUYAAACAAAGACCAGGGAUGAACUACGACAAGUUGAGUCGUGCACUACGAUAUUACUACCAGAAGAACAUUAUCAGGAAGGUGAACGGUCAACGGUUGGUGUACAAGUUUGUAGAACUACCAUACGAAUACAAGCCAGUCAAAAAACUAGAAGCCUUCGAAGAGAACCACAGUCUAACAACCAGACACACUGCACACAUGCUCCCAAUUAARAAAGAGUGCGACGACCAAUUCAGAGUAACACAAGAACCAAUCAACGAAAAGCUUUCAGGGCACGUCAAAGCCGAGCCUGUGAGCCGAGUUAUCGUUUCAAAGCCUACCUCUGUAAUAGUGAGAUGUGGUCGCGCACGCGCACUUCAUCAUCAUGUUCCCACACUUGAAAGCUCAACGUCAACUUAAUUAAUAUUCUAUUGUUUUUCAUUUGACUUUUAAUCCAACUGCGCAUGUACAUUAAGUAUUUAUAGAUAUAAUCGUCAAGGUAAAAUAAGGUUUUCGUUGUUUUGAUUUUUUAUUUUCGUGUUUUUUGCUUGUUUGUUUUUGUUUUCCCGUCCUUUAUUUUUGUUUAGCUUUAUAAGAGAGAGAACGUUAAGUGUGUGAAAUAUUAUUACACUAGUACACCUUCGUAGUCUUUAGUUUUGUCCAUAAGACUAUUCCAAAUCGAGUAAGUAAUUUCUGUUCUUGUUUGAGUUCAGAAUUAAAGUAAGAAAGCUACAAAUUGAUGCCCCACGUWUUCAAAUUUUCACUAAAAUGGUUCAGGUUAAGAUAGACUCUUUUGCAGAUAUUAUUAAACGUCUGCCAAGGAGGCUUUGUAACUGCCGAUAAAAUCCAAUGCAAGUCAAUUAACCUGAAUCCCGUUAGAAAAUUAUGUAUAGGUCCACACAAGUGAGUGAUAGUYACAACAUUUAAUUCUAACGUCCUCAGAUAAAGUAUUAUAAGUCGAAAUAGAUGUUCAAAAAAACAGAAAGAAGGCCAAAAAAAAAAAGAAAGCAAAGAAGCUGUUAAUUGAGUGACUAUAAAACUAUACGCAAAUGUAAAUAUAAAGUGUUUAUCAAAAAUAAAAAUAUUUUGACAA